AAAUCUACCCCGCCGACUAAUCGCAAUGGCUGGGCCUGAACAGAAACAAAGAUAGAUAUCAAUUACCUACGCCGACCGUGAUUUCAAUUGACCUCAAGAUCUUCCGAUCGAAAUUUCUGCGAUAUUUUGAAGUUUAUGGCCGGCGCAUUGCUGCUGUGGAUAUUGAUCACAGCUCUCGUUGCCUUAAUUCGAAGAAUUGGUUUGGGAAUUCUUAAUGGCCGGCGGAACCGGAAGAGAGCCGUCGGAUUCUUCCAUCCCUACACCAACGACGGCGGAGGCGGAGAGAGAGUGCUGUGGUGCGCCGUCAAAGCUAUUCAGGAUGAAAACCCUAGCCUCGAUUGCGUCGUCUUCACCGGCGAUCAUGAUGCUUCACCGGAGAGCUUGAUGGCUCGUGCUGUCGAUCGAUUUGGCGUCAAACUUCUUUCUCCACCUCAGGUUGUGCAUCUUCAUAAGAGGAACUGGAUUGAAGAAACAACUUAUCCUCACUUCACUAUGAUUGGUCAAAGUCUUGGCUCCAUCUAUCUCUCAUGGGAGGCCUUAUGCAAAUUCACUCCUCUAUAUUAUUUUGACACUAGUGGAUAUGCGUUUACUUAUCCUCUUGCUCGGUUGUUCGGUUGCAUUGUUAUUUGCUACACGCAUUAUCCUACCAUCAGCUUGGACAUGCUAUCUCGUGUUCGUGGGAGGAGCUCAAUGUAUAAUAAUAACUCCUCAAUUGCCAAGAGCUCGUGGCUCUCUCAAUGCAAAGUUAUCUAUUAUGUUAUUUUUAGCUGGAUGUAUGGAUUUGUGGGCUCAUUUACCCAUCUUGCAAUGGUUAAUUCUUCGUGGACUCGAUCUCACAUCGAAAAACUCUGGAAAAUUCCAGACCGUACAAAGCGAGUUUAUCCUCCAUGUGAUACAUCUGUAUUACAGGCACUUCCUUUAGAACGACCCACUAGAACUCCAAUAAUUAUAUCUGUUGCUCAAUUUCGUCCAGAGAAGGCACAUUUACUCCAACUUGAGGCAUUUUCAGUUGCCAUCAAGAAGUUAGAUGCAAGCUUAGUGAGGCCUAAGCUCCAGUUCGUGGGCAGUUGUCGCAAUAACGCAGAUGAAGAAAGACUCCAAAAUUUGAAAAACAAGGCUGUUGAACUGAAGGUUGAUGGGGAUGUGGAAUUCUACAAGAAUUUAAUGUACAGAGACUUGGUGGACCUUCUAGGAGGCGCUGUGGCGGGAAUUCAUUCGAUGACGGAUGAACAUUUUGGAAUUAGCGUGGUGGAAUUCAUGGCUGCAGGAGCAAUCCCAAUUGCUCAUAACUCUGCUGGACCAAAGAUGGACAUAGUUCUUGAAGAAGACGCACAACAAACUGGAUUCCUCGCCACCAAUGUGGAUGAAUAUGCAGAUGCCAUCAUGCAAAUUGUAAGAAUGCCCGAACCCGAGAGACUUAAGAUGGCUGCUGCUGCGAGGAGACGUGCAGGGCGAUUUUCCGAGCAAAAGUUUUACGAAGAUUUCAAGGCAGCAAUCCGACCAGUUUUAGGCUCGAUUUCAAGGUGAAGAGCAAGUGGGUAUUUGCUCUAAAUACUGUAAUUGAUCUUCUGCUUAGUUUCUUAGUUCUAGUUUCUGAAAUCUGAGCAAAGUAGGUUAAAGAACUUAGAGCUCUGAUUUAAUGUCCAAAUCUUCUUUGACUUUACAAUACCAAACCAUUUUUCUAUUCUGAUGUAUACUGUUUGUUUUGUAACAGAGAGUUGUAGGCAUCUUACUUCUUCCGAGUAAGUUCAAAUCUUCACCUCAUAUUUGUYUAAUCAUAGUGUGAAAAUUCCCUUAAA